AUGGCAACUCAGUGUGUCGCUAAAUGCACUGGAUAUCGUUCUUUGCGUGCUGACUGCGCACGUGAUCCGUGCUUGGCGGAGGGCAUGUGUAAGCUGCUGGACGCAGGCAUCACGGACUGUGCCGAAUGGUGUUGUGUGAGCCGAGGGGGGUAUGUGUUCUUCAUUGUCUUCUUCUUUUCUGCGGGAACAUGCGCACUGCUCAGCAUGUACUACCUGUGGCGCCUUCACCGGGCCAACGUCGCCGCUGGGGCCGUCACAGAGAUGGGCGAGAAGAUUGAGGCCGCCCAGGCGUCAGACGCCCACGCAACGGCAGAGAAGCUGCGCAAAAAGCGACAAGUCACAGUCGACCCGGAGCUUUUUAGGGCCAUUGGGCUCCCGCCACCAGGGGAGGAGAGAUCGGGCGUUGGGGGAUUUCGUUAG